AUGGUCAUGGUCAUAUCAUUUGAGCCCUUUUUAGCACCUAUCCUCCAAGUGAAGAUACCCCUUCUGAACGCAGCCAUCGGAGGCUACACAACUGUCACUCGAAUGCUGCUCGAGAGCGGUGCCAAUGCAAAUGGAGGCCUCGAAGUUAGAGAUACACUCACCGAGGACUCGACAGUCGAGCGGAAAUGCCCAUUGGCAUACGGAAUGAGCAAGGAGAAUGUGACACUUUGCAACCUUUUGAUUCCGUACGGAGCUACCCUUGAUAUGCCAGGAAUACCGGACGAAAGUUUGCAGGAAGCCAAGGGCGAUGGUCUUGAUUCUAUGCUAGUCCUACUGAGAAAGUUUGGAAUCGAGACUCAGUAA